CAAAGCAGGCUGGGACUUGGGGGGGGGGAGGGACAGUUCAUGUAAAUAUACCUGUGUUCUCUGAAGCUUAGUGCCCCAUAAAAGGCAGUAGCUACAGUACAUCUUACGGUUCCUGGCGAUCAAAAGAAGGAUGUCGGGAAACAGCGUCUGUCCACUCUUGGACAUUGUGCCCAGAAGAGGACUCGCAGAUGAAAAGUUUAAAAUCAUCGUUAAGAACUUAAGUCCAGGACAGCCAGUCACCCUGCAUUCUCUGAUUCAUUCUGAAGACAAUGAUUUUUGGGAGGCGUUUGGACAUUAUGUCAGUGAUGCUAAAGGAACAGUAAAAGUUGCAGAAAUGGAGAGUCUUGGAGGCUCAUUUGAAGGUGUGGAACCGAUGGGCCUGCUGUGGAGUAUGAAGCCAGUGCCUGGAAGCAGACCGGGACUUCGAUUCCGAAAGAAAGAUGUACAUAAUCCAGUGGCUGUGCGCAUUUCUGUGUAUGCUGGGCAUAUCAGCAAUGGAUUCAAGGAGAAGCCAGCAUUGGCAUAUACCAUUACAGAGCGCUGGUACAUAGCACCAGGUGUCAGCAGGGUUGAUGUAAAAAACAAUGGGAUCAGAGGCACACUGUUUCUUCCACCAGGUCCUGGUCCGUUCCCUGGAAUCCUGGACCUCUGGGGAGGAGGAGGAGGCCUGGUGGAAUACCGGUCUGCUCUCCUUGCGUCUCAUGGCUAUGCAACCCUGGUUUUGGAGUAUUUCUUUAACAAAGACAAAGAAGAAACUUCAGGUGAAGAUCUUGGGAAUAAGUAUUUUGAGGCAGCUUUCACCUUCCUUAAGGAGCAUCCUCAGGUAGCCAGUGAUCGAGUGGCCUUACUUGGCUUGUCCUUCGGAACAUCCGUUGCACUAGGAAUGGCUGCGUACUCAACAGUAAUCUGUCCAGCCUGUUUGGUGUGCAUUAGUGGAAGCCAUAUUCAUCCUGUGAAGGAUUCACUUUCUGAUGUUUUUUCAAAGAUGGGCAAAAAUAUUCAUAAGACGCGAUAUGAUGAGAAUAAUUACAUAAUCUGGAGGGACCUUCUUCUACCAAUUCCUACAGAUCCUGACCAGAAAGUGGAUGUGGGGAAGAUAAAAUGCCCUCUGUUAAUGGUUGUUGGUGAAGAUGAUCAGAACUGGCCAUCUGCUGAAUCUGCUGAAGAUAUGGGGAAAAUGAUGGAGAAUGCAGGGAAUCGGCAUCUCUUAACAUUGCUGUCCUACCCUGGUACCGGUCACCUUAUAGAACCACCAUACAGUCCACAUGUUCGAUCCAGUAAUUUCAUGAUUGCACAGGAGAAGAAAAAAGUGAUCGUGCUAUGGGGAGGGGAGACAAAGCUCCACUCUUAUGCCCAGGAAGACUCAUGGCAGAAGAUACUGAAAUUUCUGAAACAGCAUCUUUAUCAUGGUUCAGAUGCAACUCCUAAAUUGUAACUACAAAACAUUUCAGAUCUUUAUCUUUCUUUCCAGAUAAAGGUUAACAAUUCACAAUGAUAACAAGAAAAUUAAUCUUUCAAAUGUUAGCUUUUAUUAAGCAAUGGGAAAAGGAUGGAAAGUUGUAUUUAUUGAUAUUUGUUAAAUUCAUGUGAAAUUGUCAGAACAUUAAAUCAAUGUUUAGCAAAUGCAGGGUGCUUACUCAUUUUCCAUAGAUCAAUUACAUAAUUUUUCCAUAUGGCUUUUUAUUUUUUUAGGACCCAUCUGUAACAUUUGUCUUUUUGUUAAACAAAAGCCUUUUUUGGCAUUUUUCUUGUGACUACCUACCCAUUCUAACCCUAAACACAAUAAAUAAUCAGUUUCUAUUAAUAAACAUUUUUCUUCAAUCAAAUAACAAACUGCAAAUGUACUGCUUCAUUAAAAUUAACAGAUGUAAGGACAGGGUGCUUGUGUCACUACUGUUCAGCUUUUGUACUGUUUGACACUACUUGCAGUAUGUACAGUAACUAUUAUUAAACAUUUAGUUUUGAAAAUCUGUCACUGUCACAACAUAAAUAUUAAUACUAGCUCCACUGUGUCAUUGUUCCGACAAUGAGCUAUGACCCAUCUGUGUAAGCAAACGCUUCACUCUGCACUUGCUAUUUUCCUUGACUUCAGGAGCACUGACUCACCAGAUUUUAAUUUUUCAGUCUCAACUAGCUAAUCUAAUAAUCCUCUGCUGGUCAAUAUGCUUUAUUCAGCGGCUAUCUUCUCAGAUGUGUCAGCUCACCAGCUUCUCUCCAGUUUUUCUGUUGGGAGCCUUACCUCAAUUCCUCAGCUCUGUCCUGCUUUCCCUGUUCAGGCUUUGUCCAGCUCUCUUGCUACGGCAGCCUUUCUCCUAGUGGAGCAUUCUAAGCCUCACUAUCUGUUUGCCUGCCACGUCUGUCUCCUAUAAUACAGCUCACCGGAAAAACCCGAAGAAGCGCCCUGAAAUCUGCACUUGGGCUUCAGACCAAUCAUUACACAGCAGCUCUGUCUGACAACAGCUGCAGAAUAACAAAAACACUAAAUCCUAGUUGGAGAAUGUUGUAAAAAUUAUCCAUUGCUAACAUUCUAAUCACAUAUUUAUGUUUAAUUUAAAUAUCAAAUACAUAUGAACCUAAUCUCAAUGAAAUUGUAAAUUACAAAUUAACUCUAUUUCCUUAUAUUAUCAUAACACAGGUAGAUUUGUUUUGAAUGUCUGAGCCACUUUCUGACACCCAGCUAAUUCCUGUCUCAAAUUACCAUGAAUAACAUGUGUAUGUUUAUUUUAUACUGAUAUAUUUGUGUUAAAUAAAAUUUGUUUGGUCGGGAUUAUUUUGAAUAUUAGGAUUAUUCAUAAAACUUGCAAUGUGAAUUCUGUACAUUUACCACAAUUCAAGUUAUUGUUUAGAUAAAGACAUGACAGCACGUCCACAAUAUCUGAAACUUCAAUUCUAUUAUACAUUUUUGGUAGUUGCUUAAAGUCUAGUGCUGUAUUAUAAUUCUUUGUUAGUUUCACAUUUGUCAGUAUUCUGCCUUCAGGUUUAACCAGUCUUUUCACCAGGUUUGUGCAAAUUCAGAAGCAAGAGACAUAUAGACUGUGGGUGCACCUAAUGAAAGUAUGUUUUUUUUAUCAGUUGCAAAGAAAAUGUAUUUAAUAUACUGUACAGUAUAUGAUAUUACAAAUCUGAGCCUUUAUUUGUAUUAUUUAUGUACGCAACUGCACUUCCACUUAACUUUCAUCCCUGUAUGCUGCCACAUUAAACACUAACCUUUUAA